AUGGCUGCAGCCUCCACAGACUCCGAGCAGGGAUCCGCUAAAAUCACCCCUGAAGUGCUGCAGGAGAUGCUCCAGUACUACAACCUGAGCAGACAGGAGUUUAUCAACACUUACAAUAUCCAGCCGCUCGUCUACAUCCCAGAGUUACCCUACAGCGCCAAAACCACCUUCGUGAUCAUGUACGUGGUUAUUUUCGUGCUGGCUCUGGCUGGGAAUAGUCUGGUCAUCUACAUUAUUUUAAAGAAACGCGCCAUCCAAACGGCCACAGAUAUUUUCAUUUGCUCUCUGGCGUUCAGUGACCUGCUCAUCACUUUCUUCUGCAUACCUUUCACUUUGCUGCAGAACAUCUCAUCGGAAUGGUUCGGAGGUGUUCUGGUUUGCAAGACAGUUCCAUUUGUUCAAACCACAGCCAUAGUGACAGGAAUCCUCACAAUGACCUGCAUUGCCAUCGAGAGAUACCAGGGGAUCGUGUUCCCGCUGCAGAUGAGGAGGCAGUACUCGUCCCAAAGAGCGUACAAGAUGUUAGGGUUGGUCUGGAUCGCCUCUGUGAUCGUGGGCUCGCCAAUGCUCUUUGUGCAACAGCUAAAAGUGAAGUACGACUUCUUGUAUGAUCACUACCACGUCUGCUGUCAGGAAAGCUGGAGCUCCCUGACCCAUCGGCAGGCGUACACCACCUUCAUCAUGGUGGCGCUGUUCCUGCUUCCUCUGGCCGCCAUGUUGUUCCUCUACACUCGAAUAGGCAUUGAACUGUGGAUCCGCAAGCGAGUGGGCGACUCGUCGGUUCUCAACACCAUGAACCACAGGGAGAUCAAUAAAAUAUCCAGGAAAAAGAAAAGAGCGGUUAAAAUGAUGAUCACCAUCGUUCUGCUGUUCACCGUUUGCUGGGCGCCCUUCCACACAGUCCACAUGCUUUUUGAAUACGGUGACCUAGAGGCAAAAUACGACGGAGUCACGCUGAACAUGAUCAUCGCAGUCGUUCAGGCCAUCGGCUUUUUCAACAGCUUCAACAAUCCCAUCGUGUACGCCUUCAUGAACGAAAAGUUUAAAAAGAGCUGCGUUUCCACCCUCUCCCACUGCAUCAGGAAACCCAACCAGCAGGGUGGCGCCGAGGUGGUGCCCAAACUGAGCGUACAGUUUAUCAAGCCCCAAAGUCGAGAAGCUUUCAUCGAAUCGGACGAAGGCAACAGCUCCAAGCAGAACUCGGCGGACAACGGCACAUUGCUUUCAAUGCACGGACCAAGUUUGCUCGGCAUCGUGGAGGAAAAAAUCUCCACGAUUCAAACCGAGCUCCCGGCGACCAGCUCCUCUCAAGUCAAAUGAGAGGGCGUCGGUUUUAACGUCAUUUUCUCGUCAGGUAUUGACGCUAUAGACGACCGGCUGGAGGUUGAUCAGCCGUCAGUGGGAGUGUCACCGAUUCAGAUUCAAAGACUCAAAAGGUCAACGAUUGAACGCAUCACUCUACAGCGCCAGACGCAUUUUAUUAUUCUGGUCAGGAGCACAGAGGACGGAAGGAAAAGACAUACG